CCAUAACUAAGUAUCAUAUAUCUAUAUCCCCAAGAUGAAGGUCAGUUCUGUUUGUGUGUUGUUGCUUCCGCUAGUACUACAAGCUGCUGCCACACCUGCAUCUGUACCCAAGUUGAAUGAUUUGACUAAGCCUGAUGGUACGGAUGUUAAUGGAGGGGAAUCAGUAGGUUCACUGAGUAAUGACAUGAAAGUUCAAUUACAAGAUCCUUUACAUAAAGAUGGAGGAGAAAUUACCAAUUUUGAAGUUGCUACUACUGUGGAAGAUAAGGAAGAUAGAAGAACUCCUGAUCAAAAGUUGAUGGAUGGUGAAGGAUUUGGUGGAAUUGGAGGUGGAGGUGAAGUUGUUCCACGAGAAGCAGCUGAUCCAAAAGCAGUCCCUCAAGCGGCACCGGAAGCUGCUCCAGCAGCAGCAGUCGCAGCACCACCACCAACAGAAGAACGGUCUGGAAAUGAUGUAAUUCCAGAAGAAGAAGAAGAAGAAUCUACUACUAAUCCCAAUAUUGAAGUUGCGAAAAAAGAACUUCCACCAAGUUUAACUCUGGACAACUUUGAUAAAAUCACAAGUGAAAAACUACUGUUUGUUGAAUUCUAUUCUCCAUACUGUGGUCAUUGUAAAAUGCUUGCACCAAUUUGGGAACAAACAUAUGUUGAAUUUGUUGAAGAUAUGGAAAAAUUAAACAUUCAGAUGAGACAAGUAAAUUGUGCUGAAAAUGGUAAUUUAUGUGAAAGAGAAGAUAUUUCAUUUUAUCCAAAUUUGCUCUUGUAUGCUCCACUGAGAGAUAAAUCUGGAAGAAUUAUUCCUGGGAAACUGAAGAGUGUUGGAUCAUUCCCUCGUUCACUUACAAGAACCCCAGAAAAUUUUAAAAGAUAUUUGAAGAAUGCAGUCGCUGAAUAUGAUAAUGGAGCCAUUGAUUUACCAAGUUCAUCAGUAUCUUUGGAUGUAGAUACCAUAUUAGAUUUGGUAGCUGGUAAGGCUGACACUCCACAAUUUGUAGCAUUUUUCCCAUCUACUGAAAGUCAAUGGGCAGAGACUGAAAAGACUGGUAAGAAUCAUUUUGAUACUCCAUGUUAUGAUUGUUUAGAGGAAAAGAGGUUAUGGGAUAAAUUAUCUAAUCAAAUUUUGAGUACAGUCAAAGCUGGUCAUUUCCAUUGUCAAUCCAACCCUAAGAUUUGUGAAAAAUUAGGUUAUAAUGCUUUAACAACACCACAAAGAGGAACAUCACCCAAAUAUGCCAUGUUUUUACCUAAAUCAUCAGGAAUCAUUAGAAUGGAUUAUACUGGAGAAGUAGAAUUAAGUCAAAUGAAAAAUUUUGCUCAAAGAAUGUUUGAAAAUUAUAAAUAUGAUUUAAUUGGAAUUCGAGUAUUGACUGAUAUUAUGGAAGCUAGAAAAGUAUUACCAUUUGAACCCUUAGAUCUGUAUUAUCCAUUGAGUAAUAAGGUUUCGCUUAUUUAUUAUCAUGAUGAAGAUUCAGAAGAAGAUAGGGCUAUCUUACCGUAUUUAUUGGAAUACGUAUCCAAAUCACCAUUUAAUAUGUAUUUAUAUCAAGCUAAAAACAAAAAGUUUGAAGAAUUUAUAAAUCAACAAGCUAAAAAUCUUAUUGAAUUUAUAAAUUAUGAUGAAAAAUCUCUCAGAAAAUACGAUCAUGCAUUACAUUUAGCAACAACAUUAACUUCAAAGCCAACACUUUUGAUGUUCAAAGAUAAUACUUUAUUUACUCCAGUUUAUCAAAAUUUUGCACCAGAAGAUAUGAGAAAUCAUGAAAAAAUUCAUGAUUUUGUACUUAAAAAUCAAUACCCAUUAUAUCAAGAAUUAACUCCACAAUUAUUUUCAACUUAUUUCAAUACUAAACUUGAAAAGCAAAAUAAUUUUAAUGAUAAAGUGGUUGUUUCAUUUAUUGAUUCUAAUGAUGCAAAGGGUACUAAUAAUGCCUUGUAUAAUAUUUCAUUAAUUGCCCAUGAAUACCAUUAUUUAAAGAAAGAAUAUUAUUUCAAUGACUUAACUAAUUUUAGAUCAUUGAAAAAGGAAGCCGUUGAUAAAUUAAAGGAAAAUAAAGCUGGAUCGACUCAAAUUCAAAAUAGAAUGAAACAAAGAAUACCUAAUUAUCAAAAUAAUGAUGAUGUAUUAUUUACGUUCAUUGAUGUCGCAACCAAUAAGGAAUUUGCAAGAAAACUUGGAUGGGAAGUUAGUGGAAGAGAACAUCAAGUUGGUGAAUCGAUUGUAGUUACUAAAGACGAUAAAUUUUAUUGGGAUCAAGACAUUCAGGGUAAAAGAUUGACUACUGACCCAUAUAAGAUCAAACCAGUAUUACAAUAUUUAUUGGAUCCAGCUUUAGUCAAGGAAAAAGUUUUCAUGAAUAGAAUAUUAGUAGGAAGUCCCUAUGGAGACUUCUUAAGAUUUAUGGAUGUUGUACAUCAAAGAGGACUUUUCGGUUACAUUCUAUUUAUUGCCUUCUUAUAUACGACGUUCCUUGGAAUUCGUAAAUUGAGAAGGAGAAGACAUGGAGGAUAUCGUAAAUCUGAUGGUUUAGGAAUCUUAGGAGGUAAGUCAGAUUGAUCCAACAAAGAACAACCAAGAAAUAGUGUACAGACAUUUGUAUUAUAUAAUUAAUGAAAAGAAAUAAAGGACUGUCAAGUAUAUUUUUUUAU